AUGUAUGGAAACUUCAUUGAUAACCUAAGACUCUUCACCAAAGGAGGAACUGGUGGAAUGGGAUAUCCUCGAUUAGGUGGGGAAGGUGGAAAAGGUGGUGAUGUCUGGGUUGCAGCAGAAAAACAUAUGACUUUAAAACAGCUUAAAGACAGAUAUCCUCAGAAACGAUUUGUGGCUGGAGGAGGAGCAAACAUGGGAUUCCCAAAUGCUGGAAAAUCAUCAUUACUAAGUCGGAUUUCUCAUGCAAAACCUGUGAUUGCAGAUUAUGCAUUUACAACAUUGAAGCCUGAACUUGGAAAGGUAAUGUACAGUGAUUUUAAACAGAUAUCAGUGGCUGAUCUUCCAGGCUUAAUAGAAGGAGCACAUAUGAACAAAGGAAUGGGCCACAAAUUCCUGAAGCAUAUAGAAAGAACUAAACAGCUACUUUUUGUUGUUGGUAUUUUUGGAUUUCAACUUUCUUCCAAAACUCAACACAGAACUGCCUUGGAAACCAUAAUACUGCUCACAAAAGAGCUGGAGUUGUAUGAUGAAGAACUUCAAACAAAACCUGCACUUUUGGCAGUUAAUAAAAUGGAUUUGCCAGAUGCCCAAGAUAAAUUCCAUGAAUUGAAGAACCAACUCCAGAAUCCUACAGAUUUUCUCCACUUGUUUGAAAAAAACAUGAUUCCAGAGAAGACAGUAAAGUUCCAACAUAUCAUUCCAAUCUCUGCAGUUACUGGGGAAGGAAUUGAAGAAUUGAAAAACUGCAUAAGAACAUCACUGGAUGAGCAAGCAGACAAGGAAGACAGUGCAUACCAUAAGAAACAGCUGCUUCAUUUAAAUAUACCCACUACUGUCUCAUACAGUGAGCCAGUGCCAUGGCCUAUUGUGACUAGUUCCUGA